AUGGAAAGGAAAGCCGCCCACCGUCGCCUCCUCCUCUGGGACUGCGCCUCCGAAUGUGACUACACAUGCCAGCACAUUGUCACCGCCCAACGAGUCGCCGCUCGCGAGCCCAUUGUCCAAUUCCACGGCAAAUGGCCCUUCUACCGGUUUCUCGGGAUGCAGGAGCCCUUCUCCGUGCUCUUCUCCCUGGGAAACCUCUAUGCGCACUGGCAUGGCCUCGUCAAAGUCCGCGCUCAUAUCCCAGCGACGUACAGUCUACGUCCGUUUUACGUGAUGCUCGCCCACGUUGGAAUCGCCAGCUGGGUCUUCAGUGCCAUUUUCCACACACGCGAUUUUCAAUUCACGGAAGAAUUGGACUACUUUGCCGCUGGUGCAAACGUCCUCUACGGAUUGUACUACACGCCCAUUCGCAUCUUCCGAAUCGACCGGCCCUCGCCUCGACGGCGAUCCGUCCUUCGCGCAUGGACGCUGCUGUGCAUAAUGCUGUAUGUAUUCCACGUGGCGUACUUGAAAGGUGUGCGGUGGGACUACACGUAUAACAUGGCGGCCAAUGUCGCUGCUGGUAUCGUGCAGAAUAUUCUGUGGAGUUGGUUCAGCGUUACGAGCUUCAAAAAAUCAGGGAGCCUCUGGUCGAUUGUGCCCGGUGUAGUUGUCGCGUGGGUCAUGUUCGCCAUGAGUAUGGAGCUGUUUGACUUCCCACCCUGGCUGGGGUGUAUUGAUGCCCAUAGUCUGUGGCAUUUGCUGACGGUUGGACCUACGAUCUUGUGGUACAAUUUCUUGUUGAAAGAUGCUCAAAAAGAUAUUGCCGGCACGGAGCGGUACAAGGCUUAA